AUAGGAGUUAAGGGGAAGGCCUGAAAGCCAAAGUCUCUGCAGUACUUAUCCUUUACUGAAGAAACCAGAAUCCAGAAGAAUUAAAUGGGAACACGAAACAGAAAAAAAAGACAAGAUUCUGAAGCACGUUAACCGAGAAUUAAAACUACAUUUCCCAGCAAAGAGCACGUCGAGGAAAGCGUACGAUUCGAGUUCCAGAUCCCUUUCCACAACACUUGGAAGAAAAGACUACAUUUCCCGGCAGGACCUUCAGGUGCGCGCACGCAAGCGCACUAGUAUCCCCUAGCCCGGGAACGAGGAUGAAAAAAGUUCAGGGGGGGUGUUGCAGUUGCUGUCGCUGCGGUCUUCAUCGCUGCCGUCACAGUUGGCUCGUUUUGGCUCGUCCUCGGUAGGUGGGUUUGGGUAGCAGCCAUGGGCCUCAGGCGGACCAGGGGAGCAGGGGAGAAGGGAGCGGCAACAUCUCACCCGUUGUGGUCCCCCCAUCCUGGGCCAGGCUGUGGUGCCCCAAGACACUAAAAGAAGCCAUUUUUACCACAGCCAUGGCCUUGGUGUCAGCAGAUUCCCGAAUAGCUGAACUACUCUCGGAGCUCCAUCAACUAAUCAAGCAAACUCAGGAAGAACGCUCACGAAGUGAACAUAACCUGAUUAACAUCCAGAAGACACAUGAGCGAAUGCAGACAGAAAACAAAAUCUCUCCCUACUUCCGGACUAAGCUUCGAAGUCUCUACACCACAGCCAAGGCAGAUGCAGAGGCAGAAUGCAAUAUUCUUCGAAGAGCUCUAGAUAAGAUUGCUGAGAUCAAGUCUCUGCUGGAAGAAAGGCGAAUUGCGGCUAAAAUCGCAGGAUUGUACAAUGAUUCAGAACCUCCACGGAAAACCAUGCGCCGAGGGGUGCUGAUGACACUGUUGCAACAGUCAGCCAUGACAUUGCCCCUAUGGAUUGGGAAACCUGGGGACAAGCCUCCACCCCUCUGUGGGGCCAUUCCAGCUUCAGGGGACUACGUAGCAAAGCCAGGUGAUAAGGUGGCUGCUCGGGUGAAAGCUGUGGAUGGGGAUGAGCAGUGGAUUCUGGCAGAAGUGGUCAGUUAUAGUCAUGCUACCAACAAAUAUGAAGUUGAUGACAUUGAUGAGGAAGGCAAAGAGAGACACACCUUGAGCAGAAGACGCAUCAUCCCACUACCGCAAUGGAAGGCCAAUCCUGAGACAGAUCCUGAAGCUUUAUUCCAGAAGGAUCAGCUUGUUCUGGCACUGUACCCCCAAACUACCUGCUUCUACCGGGCUUUGAUCCACACUCCUCCACAACGGCCCCAGGAUGACUACUCUGUCCUGUUUGAAGAUACCUCUUAUGCAGAUGGCUACUCUCCUCCCCUCAAUGUGGCCCAGAGGUAUGUGGUGGCCUGCAAGGAACCCAAGAAGAAGUGAGGUUCGGUUUGACUGAAUCAUGGACUUCGUUGACUUGCCUUUGUUUACCUGACUCAUCUGCCAUGCCCUCUUCAGGGGGAAAUUGAUGUAUCAUUCACUGCGGACUAAUAAAUAUACAGCCCUGUCCCCCA